UCUCUACUCGGUCUGAUAGACAGGAUAACCUGCGAUGACAGUACGGGACGAGGCUUCAUACUCGUGUCCGCUGUGAUUUGACAGGGCCUUAUUAAAGUCAGCAUGCUGCUUUUAGCUGAUGAUGAAGACGUCACUUGAAUCCGACUAGCCUGAUGAGCUGCAUCAACUGGAAAACUGGGUGGGUGAAAAGGCUGCAGUCAGGAGCUGCCUGCAGGUGACAACAGCAGCGGCACCACCCACUGCUAGACGCACACGCACUCGCACAUCAUCACCGCUCAAUCCAAGAAACGACGUCAGCUCCUUCCUCUAUCCUUAAGGACACUCCCAACUUUCCCCAUCGCACAUUUGCUUCCCCAUUAACCAUCCGUCCUUUAUUCAGCUUCCAUCAUCCUUCUCAUCGUCCAAUCCUCUAUUGUAUCCGGAUUAACAUCGCCCCCAUCGCCAAAAUGUCGUUCCAAGAUAAGACCCAGCACCAAAUCUCCCAGCUCGACAAGGAGCUUUCCAAGUAUCCUGUCCUCAACAACUUUGAGAAACAAACCAAUGUUCCCAAGGUCUACGCUUUCCUCGGACUCGUCGGUCUCUACUUCUUCCUUGUCUUCUUCAACAUUGGAGGCGAGUUCCUAGUCAAUUUCGCCGGUUUCGUUAUUCCGGGAUACUACUCUCUUGAGGCACUGUUCAGUGCAAGCAAGGUUGAUGAUACUCAAUGGUUGACGUACUGGGUUGUUUAUGCCUUCCUUACCGUCUUUGAGAGCCUGAUCAAUGCUGUCUACUGGUUCCCAUUCUACUACGUCUUCAAAUUCGUUCUGAUCCUGUGGAUGGCUCUGCCAGUCACUAAUGGUGCCCAAAUCGUCUUCCGAUCCUUUAUCCAACCUGUCUUCUCUCGAUUCUUCAGCCAGAGCGGUAGCGCCGCUGCAGAUGUUCGAGGCAAGGCCGAUGCUGCUUUCAAAGGCCAGUAAACGGUUCAAAGAAUCAUACAAGGACUAUCUGCAAGAAAUGAAAGAUAUCGCUGCCGCAUGAUGCGAUACAAAGUCGGGGAUCGGUUGCGGUUGGAGACUGUCGAAUGUUCGUCAUUGACAUCCCUAUGAAGAAACGAAAAAGAUGCUUACUCAUUAUGAGCGAUAAGCAUGUGCGGUGUAAGCUGUUUGGGGCUGGAGAUUCCCUGGGGACGAAAUGAGUUUGCUGUAUUUGCACAAAUAGACGUUAUCGAUGUUGCACCUUGAUGACUACGGUGGUUGCAACGCAAUGAGAUUGUGGCACCCCCAAGUAGACAUGAAUGAUAAUUGAUUUUGUUUACGAG